UCCUGCAAUCUUCAAGCGAUACCAAUUUAUCCAAGAACCCUAAAUCCCAAAUUUGAUCUCAAUUCAUCGCCGAGAUAUGAAAAGAGCCAACGACGACGUUCCAGACAAACUGGACGGUGCGAAGAAGCCAGUCUUCCUCACCAAAGAGGAGCGGCAAAAGCUCGCACUCCAACGCCGCCAGGACGAAGUAGCGCAGCAGAAACACCGCGCGGAGGUCCAGCUCCAAUCCAGUAGCGGCCACGACUCUAAACCGCCUACCUCUGACAGAGACCGUGAUCGCGAUCGAGACCGGGAUCGAGACCGCGACGGCGAUCGUCGGAACCGCGACCGGGAGCGUGACCGUGACCGUGAGAGGGAGAGAGAGCGUGAUAGGGAGCGGGACUCUGAGCGGCGGAACCGCGAGAGGGAACGUCAGGAUGAGCAGAAGGCGCGCGAACGCGCUCGCUUGGAGAAAUUGGCCGAGAGGGACAGGGAGACUGAGCUUUCUGCCAUCAAGGAGCAGUAUCUAGGGUCUAAGAAACCUAAAAAGAGGGUGAUUAAGCCGAGUGAGAAGUUCAGGUUCUCUUUCGAUUGGGAGAACACUGAGGAUACUUCGCGGGAUAUGAAUUCGCUCUACCAAAACCCUCACGAGGCCCGCCCUCUGUUCGGCAGAGGCCUCAGAGCAGGGAUAGACCGGAGGGAGCAGAAGAAGCUAGCCGCAAAGAACGAGAAGGAUAUCCGGGAUGAGAUUCGCAAGAAGGAAGGCAUUGAGGAAACUCGUGAGGAAGCGGCUGCUCAGAAGAAGAAGGAGCAGGCUGCAGAUAUAUAUGAUACGUUUGAUAUGAGAGUGGACCGUCAUUGGUCAGAGAAGAAGCUCGAGGAAAUGACUGAGAGAGAUUGGCGGAUCUUUAGGGAAGAUUUCAACAUUUCAUACAAGGGAUCUAGGAUUCCUCGCCCUAUGAGAAGCUGGGAGGAGAGCAAGUUGGGUACUGAGUUGCUGAAAGCAGUUGAGAGGGCUGGAUACAAAACCCCAUCACCUAUUCAGAUGGCUGCUAUUCCACUGGGCCUGCAGCAGCGAGAUGUUAUUGGAAUUGCUGAAACUGGUUCAGGUAAAACAGCAGCUUUUGUUCUUCCUAUGCUGACUUACAUAACUAGACUUCCCCCAAUAAGUGAGGAUAAUGAGGCGGAGGGGCCAUAUGCUGUUGUGAUGGCUCCUACUAGAGAGCUUGCACAGCAAAUUGAGGACGAGACUGUGAAAUUUGCCCAUUACUUGGGGAUUAAGGUUGUUUCUAUUGUUGGUGGUCAGUCCAUAGAAGAACAAGGGUUUAGGAUUAGGCAGGGGUGUGAAGUUGUGAUUGCUACACCUGGACGUCUUCUUGAUUGUUUGGAGAGGCGAUAUGCAGUGCUGAACCAGUGUAACUAUGUGGUCCUUGAUGAGGCAGAUAGGAUGAUUGAUAUGGGUUUUGAACCGCAAGUUGUUGGUGUGCUCGAUGCAAUGCCUUCGAGUAACAUGAAACCGGAGAAUGAGGAUGAAGAGCUUGACGACAAAAAGAUUUACAGAACCACUUAUAUGUUCAGUGCUACCAUGCCCCCUGCUGUGGAGCGGCUCGCGAGGAAGUACCUGAGAAAUCCAGUUGUUGUUAAUAUUGGCACUGCAGGAAAGGCAACCGACCUUAUUACACAACAUGUUAUGAUGACGAAGGAGAAUGAUAAGAUGGACAGACUGCGAAGAUUGCUUGAUGAGCUCGGUGAUAAGACUGCUAUUGUGUUUGUUAACACAAAGAAGGUUGCUGAUAAUGUUGCUAAAAAUCUGGAUAAAGAUGGCUACAGGGUCACCACAUUGCACGGUGGGAAGUCUCAAGACCAGAGAGAAAUAAGCCUCGAGGGUUUUAGGACGAAGAGAUAUAAUGUUCUGGUAGCAACUGAUGUGGCCGGGCGUGGUAUUGAUAUACCCGAUGUUGCACAUGUUAUAAACUAUGACAUGCCUGGUAAUAUUGAAGCAUACACUCAUCGUAUUGGAAGAACAGGUCGUGCUGGAAAGACUGGUAUAGCUACCACUUUCUUGACUAUGCACGACACAGAUGUCUUUUAUGAUCUCAAGCAAAUGUUGAUCCAAAACAACAGUCCUGUCCCCCCAGAGCUUGCGAGACACGAGGCUUCCAAGUUCAAACCCGGUUCAGUUCCUGAUAGACCGCCCAGGCGGAACGACACUGUUUUUGCUCAUUGAAUCUUGCAGGUUUUUUGAGUUUGCAAUACUGCUGCAGUUAAAGAAGGGAUUGAUCCUAGAAAGGCUGGCAUCUGGAACGACAACAUCAAUGCUGUAGGAAGUUGGAGUACAUCUUUAGAUGGGAGAGGAGGGCUUUAAAGAAGCUCAUAGACAGAGCUCGGGCUGAGGAAGACAAAAGGAAAGAGUCAAUAAUUGCUUAUCUUCUUCAUCUCAUAAGGAAGUAUUCAAAGUUGUUCAGAAGUGAGCUAUCAGAUGAUAAUGACUCACAAGGUUCAACGCCUUGCUCACCUACUGUUCAAGCAUCUUUGGAUGAUGGUAUUGUUCUGGGCCGCAGUGGCUUUGCUUUGACAGACAGCUGUCAAAACUGAUUUCUUUUAACUUUAAGUCCAAUUUCCGGAGAUCAGACCAGAUGACAGUCCCUCCUGAAGAGUUAAGGUGUCCAUCAUCAUUGCAACUUAUGUACGAUCCAGUUAUUAUAGCUUCUGGACAAACAUAUGAAAGGGUUUGCAUUGAAAAAUGGUUCUGUGAUGGCCACAAUACUUGCCCUAAAACUCAGCAGCAGCUCCCUCAUUUAUUGUUGACUCCAAAUUAUUGUGUUAAAGGUUUGGUGGCUACUUGGUGCGAACAGAAUGGUAUUCCUGUUCCAGAUGGUCCACCAGAGUCCCUUGACCUUAAUUACUGGCGGUUAGUGUUAUCAGAGAGUGACUCUACAAAUUCGAAGUCAUUAGAAAGUAUCAGUUCGUGCAAGUGCAAGGGCAAGGGUGUUAAGGUGGUACCUUUGAAUGACAGUGGGACCAUUGAGGAAGCUGAAAGAAAUGAAGAGGAAGAGAUUUCUACACAGGAGGAUGAUUGUGAAGUUAAUAUCUUUCAGAAAUACAAGGAUUAUCUGAGAAUAUUGGAGAAUGAGGAUGACUUGAUCAAGAAAUGCAAAGUGGUAGAGGAAAUAAGACACUUGCUAAAGGAUGACGAGGAAGCCAGGAUUUAUAUGGGGGCUAAUGGUUUUGUUGAAGCAUUGCUGCUAUUUUUGGAGUCUGCUGUCUAUGCCAAGAAUGGGGUGGCUCAGGAAAUUGGAGCAAUGGCUCUAUUCAACCUUGCAGUAAAUAAUAACAGAAACAAAGAGUUGAUGCUGGCAUCAGGAGUACUUCCAAUAUUGCAGAACAUGAUUGUCGAUACUGAUUCUGUUGGAGCAGCUACAGCUCUUUACCUGAAUCUUUUGUGCCUCUAGGAGGUCAAGCCUGCUAUAGGAACUACGGAGGCUGUCCCUUUCUUGAUCCAGGUUCUUAAGAAUGAAACUCACGAGCAAUGUAAACUGGAUGCUCUCCACACACUAUAUAACAUAUCGAGUCAAGCCACGAAUAUUCCUUACCUCCUGUCAGCUGGCAUUGUGGAUACCCUCCAAACUCUCAUCACAAAUCCGGGCGACCAAGCUUGGACCGAGAAACGCAUUGCUGUGUUAAUAUAUCUAGCCUCAAGCAACACCGCAAGAGAUGAGAUGAUAAAGACUCCUGGGCUGCUUGCCAACAUUCUGGAUGUUGGUGAGCCCAUCGAACAAGAACAAGCUGUGGCUUGCCUUCUGAUAUUAUGCAAUGCGAGUGAGAAGUGCAGUCAAAUGGUCCUACAAGAAGGGGUGAUACCUUCGUUGGUGUCCAUUUCAGUGAAUGGGAUGUUAGCCAUUCUUUACUGAUCUCUAUACUGAAAUCACAUUCUAGAUUUGAAUUAGUUCAACCAUAUUAACACACUAUAAAGAGGGGAUAAAAUCACCAACCUCCAUCCAUGCUUAUUAAUUUGAUGUAGGGUUGGAUCCACUAUUUGAUGUUUCCCCUUAAGCUGCUAUUGAUGUUUAUCCUCUCCUUGACCUCAGACCUUCAAUGACUCUUUUAAUGGACAAAGAAUCAAAACUUUGUAUAUAAUGUGUAUAUAUAUAUAUUGUGACUUUUCUGUGUGUA